CCCUCCAUCCACAGGCUAGCUGCUGUAGCCGCUCAGCGGAUAACAUAAACACUGCCACAUCUCCGGCUGGAUCGGGAGAUUUUUAACAGUUCGGCUCAAAAUUUCUUCACGUUUUUGACUGGAAAUCCAAAACACGAUGUGAUCGUUUAACUGCACGUCUUUUGAUCAGCCAUGUUUGCUUCCAUGUGGAAUUUACGGAGGCCCUAAAGUCGCCCUGCUAACGGACGCACAUGAUUCAGUUGGAGAAACCGGUGCUGACUGGUACCAUGCCGGUGGUAUGGCCCACCAUCCUCGACCUGGGCAGAGACGAAUGCAAGAGGAUUCUCCGUAAACUGGAGCUGGAGGCUUACGCCGGAGUCAUCAGCGCCCUGCGAGCCCAAGGAGACCUGACGAAGGACAAGAAAGACCUGCUGGGGGAGCUCACAAAAAUCCUUGGGAUCUCAACAGAACGUCACCGUGCAGAAGUCCGCAGGGCCGUCAACGAUGAGCGCCUCACCACCAUCGCAUACCACAUGUCGGGUCCCAACAGUUCGUCGGAGUGGUCCAUUGAAGGACGCCGGCUCGUCCCGCUGAUGCCGCGGCUGGUCCCCCAGACGGCCUUCACGGUCACCGCCAACGCCGUGGCCAGCACCACGGCCACACAGAACGCCUCCCUGCUGCUGCCGGCCGAAACGGGGAACAAGGAAGUGGUGGUGUGUUACUCCUACACCAGCACCACCUGCACCUCCACCAGCGCCACGGCGACCGGCGGCCCCAUCGGAGCGACGGUCAAGUCUCCGCGGCCGCCCAGCCCCUCGUCCAACGUGGUGGUGCUGCCCAGCGGGAGCACGGUCUACGUGAAAAGCGUGAGUUGCUCUGACGAGGACGAGAAGCCUCGGAAGCGACGGCGCACGAACUCCUCCAGCUCCUCGCCCGUCAUGCUGAAGGAGGUCUCCAAAGUGUCUCCGCCGGUCUCCAAGAACAUCACGGUGCCGGUGAGCGGCAGCCCCAAGAUGAGCAACAUCAUGCAGAGCAUCGCCAACUCCCUGCCGCCCCACCUGUCCCCGGUGAAGAUCACCUUCACCAAGCCCACCAUCCAGACCACCAGCACCGCCACGCAGAAGGUGAUCAUCGUGACGACGUCUCCCAGCUCCAACUUCGUGCCCAACAUCCUCUCCAAGUCCCACGCCCACAACAACGCCGCCGUGUCCAAGCUGGGCUGCACCUCCAUGCUCACCACGCCCACCCAGAAGCAGACGGUGGUCUUCCCGGCGAGCUCCGGCAGCCCGUCUGCCAGCACCGUCGCCGUCACCACCGUGGUGUCCUCGACGCCCUCGGUGGUCAUGUCCACCAUGGCAUCAUGCGCAGCCUCCGCCGGCGUGAAGGUGGCCUCGGCCAGGCUCCCCAUGGCCAAGACGCUGGUGGGCUCGCCCGCUCAGAUCCUCGCCCAGUUCCCCAAGCAGCAGUCGCCCAAACAGCUGCAGCAGAGCUCGGCGUUAGGCGCGGCGGGCAUCGGCCAGACGCAGACCUCCAGCAGCAGCAGCACCCCGCCGGGCGCCAAGCCCACCAUUCAGAUCAAGCAGGAGUCCGGAGUGAAGAUCAUCACUCAGCAGGUGCAGCCCAGCAAAAUCCUGCCCAAGCCGUCGUCGGUGGCGCUGUCCAGCAGCAGCUCCUCGCCCAUCAUGGUCGUCAGUAGCAACGGCGCCAUUAUGACCACCAAGCUGGUCACUCAGCCCACAGCUACUCAAGCCACCUACACUCGACCCACGGUCAGUCCCAACAUCGGCGCCAGGAUAUCGGCCUCCGGCGGCGGGACCACUUACGUCAAGACCACCAGCGGCAGCAUCAUCACGGUGGUGCCCAAAUCUCUGGCCACUCUGGGCGGGAAGAUAAUCAGCAGCAACAUCGUGUCCGGCACGACGACCAAAAUCACCACCAUCCCCAUGACGUCCAAACCCAACGUCAUCGUGGUGCAGAAAACCACCGGGAAAGGAGCCACCAUCCAGGGACUGCCGGGCAAGAACGUGGUGACCACGCUGCUGAACGCCGGGCAUGUCGCUGUGUGUGUGCCGCAGGGCGAAAAGAGCCUGCAGGCGGUCCAGGGAGCCAAGCCGGCCAUCAUCACCGCCUCCAGGCCCAUCACCAAGAUGAUCGUCACGCAGCCCAAAGGCCUGGGCUCCGGCUCGCAGUCCACCGCCACCAAGAUCAUUCCCACCAAGAUCGUUUACGGCCAGCAGGGCAAGACGCAGGUCCUCAUCAAGCCGAAGCCGGUGUUCCAGGCGGCGGUGGUCAGCGAGCAGACCAGGCAGCUGGUGACGGAGACGCUGCAGCAGGCGACGCGCUCCGCGGAGCUGGGUCAGGGUCAGGCCCCGGGCCCCGACGGCUCCGCCAAGGAGGACGCCGGCGGCCUCACGGAGGCCGGCGACGUCUCGCAGGGCGGCGCUCAAGAGGCUCAGCCUGUAGUACACCUGGUGUCCUCCAGGGAGCAGGACUGGACCGAGCAGGAAGUGGCUGUGGAGUCCAGCCCCACCAUCAUCUACCAGGAGGUGUCUGCCAGCGAGGCGCAGUCCGCCACCUCCACCAUCAAAGCCCUGCUGGAGCUGCAGCAGACGGUGAAGGAGAAAGGCGAGUCCAAACCGCGGCAGCACACCAUCGACCUGAGCCAGAUGGCCGUGCCCAUCCAGCUGGCCCCGGACAGGAAGCCCGCCCCGGAAUCCCCCCGCCCCUCCACGUCCGAGGCCGAGCCCAGCGCCGACUGCGCCCCGGCAGGUCGAGCCGGCAGAGCGGGAGCCGCCUCGGAGGACGACAACCCGGCCAUGUCGUCCGGCCAGCCGCCGGCCAAGCCUUAUAAGAGCAUCAGCCAGGUUACCGUGGUAACCAAACCGGCGGCCGUCUCGACGGCGGCGGCCGCAGCUUCGCACGUGCCGCCCGACGGCCACGGCAAGGCGGAGGCGGCGCUGGAGGUGGGCGAGCUGGAGGGCGACACCCUGGACCCGCAGACCGGCCUGUUCUACCGCUCCGGCCAGCAGGCCUCCGAUCCCGGGAAGCAAACGGUUCACUCCGCCGGCGCCCAGCCGCCCCCGCCGCCGCCGGCGCCCGGCCAGGCGGAGGCGGAGCAGAGCCGGCACGCCUCCGUCUCCACCUCCGCCCAGCAGCCGCCGCCUCCGCCCCCACAGCUGCAGAGCAAGCCUCAGAUCAGCCAGCCCGCCUCCUCCUCCUCCUCCUCCUCCGCCUCCUCCUUCCCCUCCACGCCUCCUCUGACCAAGAAGAUCCCCAAGCUGCGAGAGCCGAGUCAGCCCAAACCGCAGGCCUUAACGCAGAGCCCCAAAGACCGAGCGCCGCCCGGCCCGGCCCAGGGCGCGCCCGCCAAGCCCCCGCUGACGCCACAGCUCCCCAAGCUCCAGCAGGCCCCCACCUCCCUCCACAGGCCCCUGCACGCCCCCACGUCGCAGCCGCCGCCGCUGCAGGCGCACCACCCCGUCAGCACCGACAAGAUGGCGUCCAGCCAGCAGCCAAUCAUCACACAGAGUGCCACUGUCACGAAGAUCACCUUCGGCGGCUCCCACCACUCGGAGGCGGCGGCCAAGCUGCUGCCCGAGUCCAGCUCGGGGCCGGCGGGGGAGAAGCCGUCGGUGUCGGACAUCCUGAAGAUCUCCAUGAUGGAGGCGGAGAUCGACCCCAGCACGGAGCCCAUGGUGGUGGACUCGUCCAGCGACUGCGGCCCGCUGGGCAAGGCGCUGGAGGUCCGGGCCGUGUCGGGGACGCUGGACUCGGGCCAGUUCAUCAGCAGCUCGGGGGCGGGGGUGCGUCACUCCCACGCCAAGCCGCCGCCGUUCGGCCGCGUGGCGCAGAGCAAGGAGGACCUGGAGGUCAUCGAGGUCAUCCCCCAGUACUCCAUCCUGCCCGACUCCAGCCAGUCCAACGUGGUGGUGGAGCCCAGCGGCUUCCUGGAGAUCACCAACUACACCAGCCAGCAGCUGGAGGAGGACAGCCCCAUGGAGCAGGAGGUGGACAGCAGCAACGACGAGGCGGCCGCCGCCAGCCCCCCCGACCAACCGUAGCACCCCCACACACACACUUCUUACUUGAAACAAGCCGACUAAGGACUCGCUUGAACGGACGACACAGUUGCCGUUUGUUGUCUUUUUAAAACUGUAUGUAUAAAAUAUGUGUUAGUUUCUUUUCUUCCCACGACUGACGGCACGUGGGUGUUUUUUUUCCCCCCCCCCCCCCUCCCCGUUGUUGCCGACCGUGGGAGCGAGUUAAGACUCAAAACGCUGUAAAGCAGCCUCCAAACACACCUGUUCAGUAUAUUUUUAUUGUUACCUGCCAGACAUUUACACAUGUAUGAAAUGAGAUACCUGGGCUCGGUGUGGAGCCGCCGCACGUCUUCUCAGAAACAUCGAGGCCGGGAAACUUCACGCUCUGCUCAAAGGACGAGUUUUAUCAUCAGAUGAACUGUAUUUUCUUCAGACUGACUUUGCGAACAGGAAGAACUCCCCGACACGCGAGGGAUCCAGACGAAGGCCUGAAGAUGAGAACGGUCCUCCAGGAGAAGAAAUGUUACUGCUCACUGUAACUGUAGUGUAAACAAACAAACAAACAAACAAGCAAACUUUAAGCCCUGUAUCUUUAUUUUGUUUUUUUUUGUUUUUUUUUUGUAAGAUACGUUCUGGAGUUUAAAAAAAAAACAAAACAACAACAACAAAAGAAAUUUGCUGUGAGAAUUCCAACAAGUACACUUUGUUUUUUGCAUAGCGUGUUUGAACUAUGCAUUUGUUUUCUACUUUUUAAAACUAGCUGAGAGAAACCGUUUAAUCUGCACAAUAAAUCAGCUGAGAAGAA